CUACAAUCGAAUCAAAUCAUAUAUCAAAUCCAAUUAUAACAACCCAAAGCUCUCACACUUCCCCCAGAGAAAGAUGGGUUCUGCUUCUCUGAUCAAUCCGCUGACAUCAUCUCUCUGCGUUCCCAAGUCAGAGCUCACUACUCCCAAACACUUGUGUACUGUAGGCUCCACCUCCACGUCGCCGACUCUGAGCCUGAGCAUUCAGCAGAGAGGCUCUGUUCUGUGCAAGGCCGUCUCUGUGAAGCCGGAGACCGCCGUCGAGGGUCUCAACAUUGCCGAAGAUGUUACUCAGCUUAUUGGGAAAACACCGAUGGUUUACCUGAAUAAUAUCAUAAAGGGUUCUGUUUCAAACAUUGCUGCAAAGCUUGAGAUUAUGGAGCCAUGUUGCAGUGUCAAGGACAGGAUUGGUUACAGUAUGAUAACUGAUGCUGAGCAAAGAGGACAUAUAAAGCCUGGACAGAGUGUUCUGGUGGAACCCACAAGUGGAAACACGGGUAUUGGCCUUGCAUUUAUAGCCGCCAGUAAAGGAUAUAAACUCAUCUUAACAAUGCCAGCUUCAAUGAGCUUGGAAAGAAGAGUUCUCUUAAAGGCAUUUGGAGCUGAGCUUGUUUUGACCGACUCAGCAAAGGGCAUGAAGGGAGCAGUUCAGAAAGCUGAAGAAAUAGUGACAAGUACACCCAAUGCAUACAUGCUUCAACAGUUUGACAAUUCUGCUAAUCCUAAGGUGCACUAUGAGACAACUGGUCCAGAGAUCUGGGAAGAUACAAAAGGGAAGGUGGAUAUAUUUGUUGCGGGAAUCGGAACUGGUGGAACCAUUUCUGGGGUCGGGCGGUUCCUUAAAGAAAAAAAUCCUAACAUAAAGAUCAUUGGUGUAGAGCCAACGGAAAGCAACAUCCUUUCUGGUGGAAAACCUGGUCCCCACAAAAUUCAAGGGAUUGGAGCUGGAUUUAUACCUGGAAAUUUGCACCAGGAUGUCAUUGAUGAAAUUAUAGAGAUCUCAAGUGCUGAAGCUGUUGAAACUGCAAAGCAAUUAGCACUUCAGGAAGGCUUGUUGGUUGGCAUUUCUUCAGGAGCAGCAGCUGCUGCUGCUCUCAAGGUUGGUAAGAGGCCGGAAAAUGCAGGGAAGCUUAUCACGGUGGUCUUCCCAAGCUUUGGGGAACGAUAUCUCUCCACCGUUCUUUUCGAGUCAAUUAGAGAAGAAUGUGAGAAGAUGCAACCCGAACCUUGAACUUCCCUUGUUCAAGCAAUGUAUUGAUGAUGCGAUUUAUUUUCGUUCAAUUUUGUUUUUCCAUAUCACCAUCCAUGCAGGUUUUGAAUUUUUAGCAAGUCCGAGUCACAUAAAUAGGUGUCGUAUGAAAUUCUGUGACAAAAUAUUAGUCGUAUAACUUUGGGGCUUGUUUGGA